AUGAUUUCGGGGUAGGUCUUCUGUCCCACCUUGUGUAUCCAAAAUUUCGACGAGAAGGACGUGAAUUGUAGUUAAUUAGCGAUUCAUCAAAUAUGAGGUUCUAUCGCGUUCUUAGUCUCCGUUUUGUUUGCCUGGAUAAAAUCAGUCACUUGCAUGUUUGUAUGCAUUCAAACACUCCCGUUUUGAAUGGGACACAUUUGAACGUCGUAAUACAAACAUAUAGUGUUUCUUUGGCAUAGGGGUCAGCAUCUUGAGAACUAAAGAAGUGACCUCAAAGAAUGACUAAUAAUCGUCAACGUAUGUUAAAACCUCCUGUUUCGUGAUAGCAUUUAAACGCCCUGGAUUAGAAGUUUGUGGGCUAGUGCGACGCUAUUCAUCUAAUUUACUGACGGUGCGUGUGUGUUGCCAGUCAAACGGAAGAAUUCCUGCGCUGAGAGAAUAUCAAAAAGCCAGCUAAUUGCAAGACUGGCCCCCGACCGUUGGAACGGGCUAGCUCUUGGAGACUAGAAUGCUAUCAGGGUUUGGGCUGGUCAGCCCAAACAGCCGUAGAUAGUAUUUGGAAUACUUCUUUAUGUAUAUUUCCACUUAUACAUAAGGGCGAGAUGAGCCAGGUGGUCCACGACUGAAGCUCUUCAAGCCUUGAAUUUAGUGGUCCCAUGGCGGUUUGCUGCGCAGAUCGUUGCACCGAUGUAUAUAAGCUUUGUGUAUAAACCUCCUACCAAACACUUCUUCAGCAGAAGUCUUGCCCACGCAUGUGACUAUGGCGGAUGACAAAUGAAUCUUGGCUUGUAAUAUUUAUUUUUUAAAUAUACGUCAGGUCAAAAAUGCUGACUUCGAAUUCAUUUUAUUUUGGUGGGAAAUCAGUUUAUGAAUUGAGACUUUUAGGGAGUAAGGGGCGUAGAACUAUGCGCUCGUACGUAAUAAAUUCAUAUUUUAUUAAGUAAGGCAUAUGCGCCGCUGCCACUGCGUAACACCGUAUUGCGACUUUUCGCUGUUGUCUCGUUGUAUCGAAACGUUUUGGUGAAAUCCGCUAUAAAUUGGUCAUAGCUACCGCGACUUUUUUUUACAGAAAGUCUCUGUCGCCUCGAUAUGGAGUUGCUACCACCUUUAUCUGUUUGUUCUUCGCUAGCUUUUUGUCUCUUCAUAUUUAUUUUACUGUCACCAACACAAAGUCUAAAUAUUUGCAAAUGUUCCUGAUGUCGGCUUGUUUAGAUUUCGCAAAUUUUAGCUCACUUCGCUGGUCUGCUUUUCUCUGAUAAGUACACAAGAUUUUAUUUAAACGACGAAAAUGCUUCUCAAAAUUGGCGUGGCCAUGACCGCAUGCAUCCGCGCUUGGCCGCACAUGCAAGUCGAGGCCAUUUUUAACGGGGGACAUUUUUUUUAAACCGAUGCUGCUGUCAUGCUGCUGUUUCAUUUCUUUAUAGCCUCCUUUUACGCAUCUUCACACUUAGGCUUCUCAACAACAACUGCAGCAUUUCGUACAGAGAAAUGAGAAUCACCAUCCAAGCAGUUUAAUUUCAAGGAAUUUUAGCUAGCAAAUAAAAUAUGCCGUCACUUAUCUACCCUCCCCGACAGUAGUAUCGGACUUGAUCACUGCUUUUUGAUUAUUUGAUUGACAAUACAAAGUCCAUAGAUGUGCACCGAUGGCCGUCUGACUGCCUUAUUAGGUAAACCUUCUAUCAUCGAGUUUGGACAAUCUGCUUUUGCCGGAAGUUGCAAAUCAUUAAUUAUCCUGCAAGAUCAAUCUUUUACCAUAUACCACAAUCCUAGGCACGCCUAUUCUUAUUUACUUUAGCAAGAAUUUUAAUGUCAGUCAAAGUGGUAGGGACGCGACCAACAGCAUUAAAAUUGUUGCUGGUUUGGUGACCUUCUAAUCUGCAAAGCGCAUACCUAAUGUGCUUUUCCAAGUUUAUGUAUCGCUAAAUUAUAGUUCCACGUAAAUUUCCCGCUUACUUCGAACGGAAGGGCCUUUUUGAUUACCAGGGUUUCUUAUGUACAGAAUAUUUUCGAAGGUAUUUUUCCUUUUGACCCGACUGUGAAAAACUCGGUGACCAGAGUGGGAUUCGAACCCGUGACAACAAGGUGAAGGUUUUAGUACAGCCAACGCUCUAACCACCUGAACUGCGAGGCUUCACUGAGGGCCGUGAUUUUAACUUCAUUCGAGUCCAGUUUACUGCAAGGCCUGGAAUCCACCAAAUCGGGCAGAAUGCUGAUUGCCCAAGCAGGAUUUCCUAAAUAAUCCAUCUAGAAUGCACCAGAUGACUACCAGGCCCAGGUAAUUAAUAGGUUUUUCCUAUAGGUAUUUUUAACACAUUUUUGGCAUUGGCCUUUUUAAUUUGUCCCAGUUUACCUUUUUCAUGUAAACUCUGCACGCUGCGAAAAUUUCAAGGCAUAAAAGUCGACAUUACCUUUUAGACGUUUGUAGUUUACAACUUUUGCUGAUUUUUGGACAUUUACUACAUUUGCACCUUUAGAUUGGCAAAGAAGAGUUCGAUAUUUUCGCACGCUCUUUCUGACGAUUCUCAUGUAUUCCUCUUAUAUUUCUGCGGCUUACGUUCUCAUGUGCACAACCGACUGCUGAUCAAAUCAGUGGCUGCCAAUUCCACACCCAUCAAUUUAUCCAAAUCUGCGUGCAUUCUGGUGAGUGCUUGUAUGAAGGUGAAAUCAUGUCUUAUCCAGGCGCCUUAACUGUGCCCAUUACACUGUCUGCUCCUACGAUGAUAUACGGCAGUGUUUAUUCGGUCUAAUUUAAUCUCUUCUCCACGGAGCACCGAAUACCAGAGGCAUGAGACCCACUUAGACUCAUUGAGGAAACAUGUCAACUUAGGGUUGGAUCCGACCUCUCCAUCGUCGCUAGUGCUGAUACGACCUUGAAUUUUGAUCGGCGACGCUGAAAUCCUGGGGUGGGUGGCGAGGAACAUAACCGAACUAUUGUCUAGGAUAUCCGGGGAUACUUUAAUUUUCACGGCUUGUGAAAAAUUAAACUGGUCGGACGAUGUCUUUUGAGAAUGACAGUAUAUGCUGCGGUUCCUGACUCGAUACUUACAGCGCAACGUGAACGUCACGGUCAGGGUAAUUAGCCGAUGCUCUGGAGCCCGUUCAGUUUUAUUACAAUUUCUUUCAACAUCUGCAAAGACCUAGUAACUGACGUUCUUGUUUCAUGAACGAUGGAAUGCAUCACGUCUAACUCCCGGCUAAGUAUUGAACAAUCAUGCAGGGAUUUUGUCGGCGAGAGUAUGGGUACUGACGAUGUGACAUCAGACCUUACUCGUAAUAAUUCCUUUAACCACUUUCUAAACCUUUUGUUUGCCACGCAUUUGAACGCUGUGACCACGCUAAUAAGGCGAAGAGCCCUUCUGAUGAAAUUUUUUUUCUGUCAACCUAGAUUCUGGUUACACAACGCGACCACAGUUGGCGGCUGGCGGAACUACCCGCAGCAAAAGUUAGCUGCAAAAUAAGCGGGCUCUGGAGUCUGAUUAAUAAGCAGUCGCGGGCUUGCAGAGAUAGUUCUACCGGUACACGGAAGGCUGAGAUCUGGCACGGCGACUGCCCUAUAAAAUUCCGCAGGCAAAGAUUGUGACAUGGUAACACGAGGACUAUUAGCUAUAAUUAAAUAAAGUUUUCCAUCAUCGCUGCCUCGUAGUUAGGUUUUUGAGCAAUAAAGAUGAAAAAGAUAGCACCAAACAAAGAACCCGAUCGGCUGUUGGGGAUCCGUCGGUCCCGAAAUCUCCAGGAAACCCCAGGAAAAUAUAUGAUUUGAGUAUUGUAAUUUAUGGUAUGGCAUCCACAGGAACUGACGCGUUCCGCAACCCUCAUCCGGUUUUGUAGACGGAUAGUAUACUAACUGGCCUAUUUAAUUAAAAACAGAUAUUUCGUAGCGAUUUCCGGAGUUCAGGCGUUCCUGGAUCUAAGUACCUAAGACCUCACGAUGUGCAAUCUCCAUCAGCACAACGUGGAUGCCUGACGCCCCUCUGACGUCCGCAUCAGACUCACGGGACUCUCGACUAUUUCGGUGGACAGAGUUCGGCGAUCGUCCCCUCAGAACAAGCCAACAAUGCAGUGUUUCCGUGGGAACUAGUUAAUGACCAGCUGACUUUGGUGCCAAUUUAACGAACAUCUCUCAUCACCGUGUUCGAACCAACAUCAAAUUUGAUAAGGGCACCUACUCAUAGUCACCAGAGCCGAUUGAAAAACUCCUUCGCCGUGUUCUGCUGAUUGUUAUCUGGGGACGGAGUGGCACUUCUGGGUCGGACGACUGCUUAUAGCGUAGCCACCCAUGCGUAGACGGUGUGAAAAUGUUGCGCUUUGUUGAUUAGUACUGGCUAGUUGUCACCUGGAAUUGAAGCUAUGGCCCUACGACCAUUCGGGCCUACUACACUAAAGGUUCUGGAGUUUGUUUCAUGGUAACAGGUCUGUGGGUUGGGCCUAAACUAGCAACGCCCUCCUAUCAGACCAUGCUUUCGUUCGCACACACCUAGCAGUUCGCAACGCUACAGCAACCCAUUCCUCGAAUGAAGUGUUCUGACUUCGUCGUGAACAAAACAAUCCACAAGAAGAACGACUGAGAUGCCUUGAGCACGUUCUUAGUCAUCCGUCCCGUAAGUUCAGUGUUGCUAUUGGUAGCCUGACGUUGCACACCUGAGACGUGAAAGUGGGGGGCCUAUUCUCAAAAUUUUACGUGACAGGUUCUGCCAAUACUUGUUGGUGGUUAUUGGACCUUCAGUAUUCGACGUCCGUCUGUGAGGGAGAGAAUGAAUCUAACUAUCUGGACCCGUUGCUUGAGAUCAUCAUGCGUGGAAAGGCAAAAUUCGUGACAUCAUUGACGUAGACUAGAUCCGGCAUAAUCAUAACCCUACGAGUAGGAACGGCUCACGACUACCAGUUACACAGUUUCGGGAAACGCAGUGGCAUUUAUAUGUGGCUACUAUCCAGCAACAAGAACCACCGGCAGACGUCGAGUUACCGGCUUUUGUGUCCGCAUUCCUGGGCAAUCUGUAACUCGCAGAUACUUCGACAACCCCGUGCACACGGCUGUAGUGGAUACCAAGGAGGCAGCUCGCCAGUAGAACCUUUGCGAACGACCAUGUCCGCGUGUGUCCUACAGUGUGGUGUGCACAGGACGGGACUUGCGCUUGAGUUAGUAUUGUUGGUGUCCAGAAAAUGCUAUUUGACGUAAACUUGAUCACCUGGUCGACACGUACUUAUCAGUGCAGUUGUCGUUACGUCGAAAAGUGCAUGUGAAAGUUUAUACUGGCUCCGGUCUACUCCGGCUGGGUGUUGCGUCUCGAAACAAGGCCUUCAUGUACCCCAGCAUUUCCGGUGACUAUUUCAGUGAUAUAUUUUGGUUUGGCUGUCUUUUCACUCCCACCCCUCCCCUAGUACCUUUGGCCGUCGCUAGCUCUAGGGCGCAUUCAUACACCGGUGUUAUUGUCGUUCCAUAUCAAACUUUCACGGCAUCUGCCGUACUAUCUCUCUCCUCCCUCUCACCUAUCUGGAUCCGGUAUCAAGACGGAACCAGAAUGACCGAAGGCGAACCUACAGACCGCAGCUGACAAAGCUAAGCAGCCCGUCUUCGCGCUGGUCCACGCACAAUGGUCCAAGUUCUCAAACAGACAAAGGGCAGCUCAGAUUCUAUCAGAGUUGGAGUGCCACAGAAGUUCACAGAGAGGGAGUCAUACAACCUAAUUCUCAGUCCUCGAGACAUCCAUUCCACAUACCUACAGGGUAGUAUCCACCAGGAUCGGGUUACCCCGUCAACUGGCAGCGAUCCAGGUCAGGACUGCUAGGACUUCAUGAUAUACGCGAGUGCGUCCGAUUUAUUAUAGUGAGAAACGCGCUGAAGUAUCGUGAGAUGGCCUCUCCAGAGUCGAUCUGACUCUCCUCUCGCACAUGGAGCAGUUAAUUAUCCCAGUCUGUUAGACAUCUGGUCCUGAGAUUGGACGCAUGACUGACAAAGAUCUACAUUCGCUCUACGGACGCCACAAAGGACAUGGUCUUCGCAUAAUGCAUCGCGUUUUUGCAAAAAAAGAGGUGGCUCGGUUCUUACUUUCGUAAGAGUGCCGUAAAGGUCACAUUAAGGAGAAGCAAUUGGGUCUGUGAGCUAGUUUUGGCCACGCAGACCGAGUCACCCAGUCAGUUGGCCAUCUUCCAAACCACGAUCUUUGGCUCCUCGUGAUAGAUCCAAGCACGUCGGAGUUAUUGUAGUUUGGAGCGUGUCAGUGUGUUGUGGUAGCUGGGGUUCACACUGUCGACUCCUCUUUCAUGUAUUAGCCCACUGUCCGAACCUGUCGACCGGCUGAUGAUGGGAUUGGGCGCAGUGGCCGACACGACUGCAGGAGUCCGUCUACGUGUACCCCACGCAACCUGGUGAGCAAGUCAUGCAUCAGGAUACAACGAGGAGCAUGCAUUUUACUUCCGUGAUAGGCAUUUUUUCUGGGCAAGUUUUGGUUGAUGUGGGGCGGGUCUAUUUAUGGUCUGAGGGCGCGGGGAUGCCCCGUGUGGUGGUUGGGGUUGGACUACGGUGUUUUGCCGCAGAUUUUCGUGAGGCGCAUUUGACCGAGUUGGCUCAUGCAGUGGCUGAAAAUGGCAAGUUUGUAAAGAAGAUGAACCAACGAUCUCUGGAAUGGUAGGUGUAUUAGUCUGAGCUUUCGGUCUCGUACAGGAGGCCAUCGCCAGAGACUGUGAGAGUGCGGCAUCAAAUGAGCAGUUUUUGUAGUCAAGCGAUGAAAGGGGGGGAUAUGAGUGUAGACUACACUCAAAAACUGCUCAUUUGAUGCCGCAUUCUCACAGUCUCUGACGAUGGCCUCCUGUACGAGACCGAAAGUUCAGACUAAUAUGCCCACUAUUCCAGAGAUCGUUUGUUCAUCUUCUUUACAACAAGAAUCUGGGAUUCGCAUAUUCGCUUCCAUCCGUGAUAAGUUUUUGUGAGUGUGACGGAUGCACGUUGGUGCUUCUGACACUGGUUCACCGGUUUCGGUGCGGUAGAUCCAAAUGUCACCGAUCAGGCUAAUGAAUAAUGUGAAUGUGUGAUUGCAGUGGGGACAGGUGGGCAUCGAGUCCGCAUUACUGGUGCAGGGGAUGAUGAUGAUGAUGUCGUACUCCUAGAGCGGGUCACACAGUAGAUGCGCUUACUCAACGCGGGAACUAGAUGGGGGAUACGCAUGCAUAACAUGGCAACAUUAGAGCAUGACGGCAUGCCUAGGUGCAGUCCCCCCCCCCCCCCCCCCACCCGCCGAUUAGGAUCCGAGCCGCUCCCAAUUUUCCUGUUGCGUAAAAUCCUGGUCCUGUGUGCGUUGUGAGGCAUGAGUGUGAUAGUGUGCCUAGGUGCGGGUUUUUCCACUAUGUUCCGCUAAAAGGAGCAUCUCCUGCCCAUCAACGAUUAAAGUGCCUACCUAGACUGCCAUCGCGUGUGGAAACAGUUUCCUACCAAGUUGUUUCCUAUAAAGCUCUGGCUAUUUGAUAUCUAAACGCAAGACGGCCAUGUCGAGAAGACUUGUCUUACUGUGUUUUACGGUGACCGUGCACGUCUUCGUUGUCGUCCAUUGACUUUGCGGAAUUUUAUAGGAUGAUCCGAUUACCAUAGCUCCAGUGCCGUGGUAGCUUUGUGGUUGUGUGCCUGUGACCGCUUCUCCCGCUUGAAAGUCAGGUGGCUUUUUUCACACAGAUUUCACUGCGGUGCCACUCCACUCUCGGAAUCUCUCUCGUCUCCUAGGCAUGCCUGUUAACCAGUGACAGGACUGGUGGUUUCGAAAAUACUGCAUAUUCAUGCCGGAGUAUGUUUCUCGUAUCCUCAGUACCUGUGACAACGUUUGCCUUCGUGAUCCCCUGGAUUAUCUGUCUAACAAGGCACCAGCGCCCUAAUUUUUUUUAAUUUCAUACUUUUAACCUGUGUCCUGCCGCCGAUUGUUCUGACUCGGCCUCUACACAAAAAGCCAGAUUAUGAUUAGACUGGAACGUUGCAGCGAUCGGGAAUGAACGGACUUGCAAGUAAAUGGUCAUAGAUCCUCGCUUGUGCCAUUCCUGUAUUCCCAUGUGUCAUACUACUUUAUUGCUGCGAUAUUUUAUUAAAUCACAGUAAAACAGUGGGGGAACUGAUCCACUCGGAUCUCCGUCGUAUACGAAGCCUCCUAUAUCAAAGACUUCUGUUUUCUUAUUUGAAUAAAUUAGUUACAAGUGCGCAUUACGAGUCAGUCUGAUGCGAAUAUCGAUCAGUUCGCGCAGCUGGUAGGUGUGGCUGUGCGAGCUCAGAGCCGUAGCGCCUGGCUUGAGUUCCGAGAAUCAACAACUCUCCUCUCUCUCUCUCUCUCUCUCUCUCUCUCUCUCUCUCUCUCUCUCUCUCUCUCGCAGCACUGAUUUAAAAGCACCCAGUAACCGAAGACUCUGGGCUGGAGUCCUAAGUUAUCCUUUAUCUGAGGCUGAUAUGGUUGGCUGACGACGACUAGUAAGAUAGAAACAGUCAUUCCAGUCUCCUUUGCCUUUUCGGUAAUGUCAUUCUGCCUAUACUACUAGCCGCUGUGCGACUGCCCGGGGGCUCUAGAUCAAACCCUAAGGUAAAACGCGACCAGUAGGUUUUUAACUUUUGUCGGCAAUGGCCUUUUUAAUGAUAAUUGUUGGAAUUCUCAUACCACCUUGUGGCCAUGACAUAGUAAACAUGCUGAGUUCAAUUUUUGUUCUUGUUGUAGAAUUGCGGGGCUUCCCGCGAUGUCUCCUGGCGCAUCCAAGGCGAAGAAAUUGAAAGGCGUUGGCUGAGUAUCGGGAGCUCCACGAUAACCGGUCUACUCUGUCGUCACACGUCGGAAAAACCUGUGAUAAGCUGGGUAGCUUGAGCCGUUCUGCUAAUUUCCAUGCUGCCUUUCUCUAGUUGGUAGAAUUGGCCCUGUCCUCUUCCACCGGCGUUCCAACCAAGGAGACUAACUUGAAACUAAAUUGUCCCGCAAAUUCUAUCGCUGAAGCUGGCAAACAGUCAGUACAAAUUGACGACUCAUCUGACAGUUUUCUUGAUGGUAAGAACUUUUUGUGCUCGGGGUUAUCGGUGAAUUGUGACCAAUGCAUUCUGUGGCCAUUUCGCUUUUAAUGCUUGUUAAUUUUGUAUUUUCGACAAAUCAGCCUGACGAGAUUGAGGGCGGACAGUUCACUUCAGUCAGUUGUAACUGGCAUGAUAUUACCGAAAUUUUGUGAUUAAUAAGUGCAUUCGCCUCAUAAUGGCACUGCGGUAAGAUGUGGUUAUGGGGCCCCACCUGAUGGACACAAUACCCUUGGGGUCGAGGUUAGGGUUAGGGCAGCUAUUUCUCAACCACUCAAAGUAAAACCGCGCAUUUCCAAUAGCUUUUCUCUUGCAUACAACUACUUGACCUCGUCGCCUGUGCGUUCCCCGGCCCCACCCUCUAAAAACCCCCUAUUACCACCGGUCCCGUAUUACAGGUGGUUGGAGUUUGUUUUCUUUAGGUGAGGCUACAUAAGCACAUCUGACCGGCACUGCCAGUCCCAUCCAGCCUUUCCCCCGCGUAACUACCGCAGGUCCGAUUUCUCUCGAGUCCCGAAAUUGGUACGCGGCUGAUGAUGCCUUGGUAUGCUUCUGUUUACAGGUGCGCACGUCAUUGUCACCGCUACGACGUGGAAGUGAGAGCAACGUGCACACAUGACGACAGACGAUACUGAUCUCUGGAAACUCGUAAAGUUCAUCUGUAAAGGACAGUUUCGCGUGUCUUCUCGGUAUCUCCAACCCUCGCCCUGCCCGAUUAUUGUGCGUGCUGUGUGUUUUAGCCUCGGUGAACGAUAAGUCUGCAAAGACUGAUACUGUAGCGGCUGGGGACGUCAAAUGUAGCACACGCCAAAGCAGGGAAAGAUGAGAAGAGAUCCUGGCGGGGGGGAUCUGAACAGAACUGUAGCAUCUCUUGAUACUCAUUCACACGUUUCCAGUGUUCUCUUCCCAGACUAUCUGUGCACUCAGUCUGUGUAACCGUGAAGUUUCUCCUGAAGAAAAGCGGUUGAUUUGCCUCAGAUUUGCUGUGCUAGUCUCGCAUAGAUUGACUUUUAUGCAGUGUACUGUCACAAAUAAAAGCGAACAUACGAGUCUUAGGUUCUUGUUGAAACGGUUAUUGCAUUCAGUCACCGGAACAGUCUCUAGGGACUCAUGCUCUACUACGAGACGGACGAGUGAUUUCGAACUCGUCGCUUGACUGAUGUCAUUCUGAUUUUACGCAUGACUGAGCGCUAAGGAAGGCCAAUAUGCGUUACCUCCUACCAUCACAUUUCCUAGGCGUGUCUAAAUUCCUCACAAGUUUAUCUCAGAGAAGGUUCUCAAAUCUCAGAGGACUUGUCCACUGCAAGGCCUGUAGUUUCUGUACGACAUUUACGAGAGGGGCUUCUUUUCGGCGGGAAGGGCUCGUUGUGAAAUGUUCACAGUCGACCCUACGGUAAACACUCUCACUUGACAAAUUUUAAAUUACCACCCGUAUAUCCUUCACAAUAACGGGAGGGACCUCUUUGGUCCUAUAAAUUAACUAACGACUUUCGUCGUUUCGGCCGAAUAUGUUGUUUUUCACGUUUCCACCAACUUCAUCGCACCACAAUCUUGGUGAUUAUAGAUGACACUGGCAUAUUUUUCUAUCCAACUACUACCACUGGGGAAAGGAAAUACAACGCAUGGACUAGUUUCAUCGACUAAAGUUGUUAAUGUUCGCUUCCAGUUGUUUGAGGUUUUGGUCAACUCUUUAGGUGCAAAUUAUGCGCUCUGACUCCAGCUUCCUGACGUCAGACAUUACGCUUUCAGACCGCUAACUGUGGAAGAUGACAAGCAUAAUCUCCCGAUGUACACUAUUUCCUAUUUUCCUUUGGAUCGGCAUACUGACCGAACGGACGGCAGUUUUCGAAAUUACAGUGCGUGACCGUUCUCGUGAAAUGUUAGCCAAAAUUCUGAACUGCGUUUCCAAUUGGGAAGGAUUACUUAGGUGGGGUUGUUAUACUGAUUAUCCUGCAGCAUAAUCCUAUUACAUUUCCGACUCGCCAGGAUGUUGGCUUUUGAAUGCACUGCUUUUGGACAUCCUGCAAAAACCACACUCGGUAUAAAAUAACCACUUAUGUAGCAUGCAUUUUUUCGAAUUAAUUUUCGAUAGUCUUAUAGAUUCAAAUAUAUUUUACUGGAAACAUGCACAAAAAUAUGCUUUCUUUUGCUCACUCGGUAGGAAAUCACAUUUUCUUCAUUUUUUGUGCCUGAAGAAAGUGUGUAUUUAGGUUUUAGGGAAGUUUCCCAAUUCCCGAAUAAUUUUCAGCCUGAUCUGCCAUUGCAUCAGCGUUGAGGAAUUUCAGUCUACAAGGUGCAUGCUUUCCGCGUAAGGAAAAUCAUGUAUCCCUCUAUGCCUUUAAGUAGAUAUCACAUAGAGUUCAUGAAAUCUUACAAUGGGUCCGGACUAUGCUGUACAUUUCAUGAGGAGAAUUAGUAAACGGACACGUUCGGUCUUGCACGCAUGAACAUCGCACGGUCUUAAGAAUUUUUUUAAAACCUAAAUACACACUUUAUUUGGGCAUAAAGUAUGAAGACAAUGUAAGUUCCUACCAAAUAAGCAAAAAAGCAUAUUUUUGUGUAUGUUUUCUGCAAAAUAUAUUUGACUUUAUAAGACUAUCGAAAACUAAUAGGAAAAAUGCAUGCUGCACAAGUGGUCAUUUUAUACCGAGUGUGGUUUCUGCAGGAGGUCCAAAAGAAGUGCAUUCAAAAGCGGACAUCCUGGCGAGUCCGAAAUUUUAUAGGAUCACGCUGCAUGAUAAUCACUAUAACAACCCCAUUUAAGUAACCCUUCCUAAUCGGAAACGCAUUCCAGAAUUUUGGCCAACACUUCGUGAGAUCGGUCACGCAAACGGAUAGCCAUAGUCACCAGGUGUUUUAUCUAGAAGAUUACUGGUGUGGUGAUCUCGUGCAUUCGGCCAUUCCGCUAUCCGCCCUUCCCCCCCUCGCUCUCCAUGCAAUUUUCUGUCUUGUGAGAUGUCUAUCGAUACAAUCGCAAUAAUGAAGAACAGAAAUGCGCGACGUGGAACUGGGCUAUAUGUCACAAGAUGGCGUCCCCACGGUUGCUGUUUUCUGAUAUACAUACCACUGCAUUUGGCAUUGAGAUGAAUCAUUUGUUUCUUACAAUUCUGUCAGGUACCUAAUCAGCUGAAAGUGGCGGCGAAAUAGGAUUGAUCUGCAGACUCUAAGGGCAAUUUACGGCCGCUAUUUCUUUCAAUCGUUUUGUAUUGGGUGCUGAUAAUUUCGCAUUAUUCAGGCUGUCGGUCUACUGAAUUCCUGGUUACGCUGCAACCCUGCUCUGUGCUGUGUGCCUUAUGAUUUUGCUUUCCCCUACUCUCUACAAGUCCUCCUUCAUGCCUGCAUUUCAGUCUACUACCUCGCCAUCAGUUCUACUGUGCACAACCAGGAUUCCCCCUCGCGGGGUGCCUGCCUCUCCGAGGACCUCGAUCCGGUCAAUUACCCCGGCUUUCCCCUGCGUCCCGUGAGCGCGCAGUCAGUCUCGCCGAGCGACGUCCUACUCGUCGGUCAUCGGGGGCUUGGUGCCGAGGAGGCAGACGUUCCAAGGGACUCACAAUGGCCGGAAAAUACCAUUCUCAGUUUUCAGAAGGCCCACCAGUUGGGUCUGCCGAUGGUCGAACUGGAUAUUCAGCCGAUGCGGGAUGACUCCGACUUUGUGGUCUAUCAUAACUUCAAUCUGCGCACAGCUGAGGUCAGCCAGAACUCCACGCACCAGUCCUCGUGCAGUCGGCCUAAAUACGAGGUGGAUCUUUUUGGUAAGACCUGCCUACACCUACCCUCUCCCCCUCUGUCUGCCAUUUCCAUGCAAGCCGCUUCAGCAGGCGACAAAACUCGUAAAUAAUGACGACCGAGAGCUAGGCAAACGCUGGGCAUCUUCCCUAUUAGUCGAAUCCGUCCUCCAGAAAAAAGAACCUUUCAACAUGUAGAAUAAGUUUUUAAGUAAUUUUAGCAGGGAAGGAGUUUGCACAUUUGGGCGGAAAUUGACGUCACCGUAUAUUCAGGCGGUUUUCUAUGUGAGUACCUCCCCCGUAGACCACAUCAGCACAUUUGUACGCAUUUUGCUUUCAGAAUCCGUUUUUAAUUUUCGAGCAUAUGCUGGGGGACUUUUGUGCGAUCUAGCUUCUGCUACUGCGAAAUCUAACAAGGGAAAGGACACUGCGCUCACCGUUUGAGAAGUAUUCGCAUAUUUAUAUGUCCACUCUGUAGUUCAUUUACAUUCGUAGAAAAUAGCUCAAAAGUAAGCAAAAAUGACUUCAAGCAACUGAUUAUCAGUAAGAUGGAAGGUGACGGUAAAAUUUCGAGUGACUUCCCUUAAAGUACAUAAGCAAACAAAGUGUACCCAUCUUUUUCUCGGCUUCACCUUGAAAAUAUCGAAAAGCAGGCACAGUCAUCAGCCAAAUACCCUAGUAAGGCACAUUUUAAAGAAGUUAACUUUUUAGAGAAGGCUUUUCAUUUAAUUAAGGACGUAUUCUUUGUAGGCCUUCGCUGUGGGCGCCUAUUUUCGUCGGUGAUUAAAUUUCAUGCUUGGGUGAGUUUACGAAUAUGACCCAAGCCGCAUGAAAGGGGACUUCAGAGAAUCCUCUACUUAAUUAGGAACUUUCAAUAUGUUUUAUUUAGAAGGUUUUGACAGACAUAAACUACAAAAUAAGUCAUUUUGAUAGUCGAGUGAGAGCGCUGAAAACCGAAUUUGGGAGAAAAUCCCCUCGAUACAGGCAAUAUGACGUACUUAUUGUUAUACCUGACACGUUUGUUCCAAUUUCUGCGUCACUGGCUGGCUUCUCGGCAUGCGACUUUAUGAAACCUUUUAUUCCUGAGACGUCCCUAUCCGUGUUAUCAAAGGAAAUCCUCUUCGCCGAAGUCAAGCACAUUUCAAAGCAGGCAAACAAUGGGAAAAUAACACAGAAAUAUAGGCAAGAUAGCAUUACGGACAAAGAAUGGCCACUUCUGGCUUAGUAGCUUCCGGGAGCCAGCCAUAUUCAAUCCCCGGGACUCGGUCCCAGGACCCGUUAUUUAAAGGUCCAGCGACGUACGCACUGAGCCACCGGCUCGCUCUUCCGUCAAUUGCGAUUGGGUAGAGGGGCGCUCACCGAUCACGUUACGAAACUCACCUGUCCCGUUGUGUCUUGGUAGAAUAGCGAUCUGUGAACGCCCCUGUAAUGAUUUAUAUACCCGAUCGCAACCGACAGGACAACGAGCCCGUGGUUCAGUGGUUGGGGUGUUGGACUCUUAACCAACAGGUCGCGAAAUUGAGCCCCAGCAGUUGCGCAGCUCGGCUUCUUGCAGGACUGGCUGACGACGGCUGACAAGCCAGAAAUUGCCACCCCAAUCUCCCUUGUCGUUGUUGGUAUUGCUAUUCUGCCUAUACCAUGGGCCGUUGUGCGGCGGCUGGCGGGACUUCAGAGAGAGAGCCCCGAGGCACAACGGGAGGAGUGAGUUCGGUAGCGCGAUCGGUGAACGCCCCUCUACCACAACGUAGAAAUCUCCAUGUCUGUCCUUAUACCUGUUCCCACCUUGAUAUUUGAUUUGACCAUCAUUCCCCACUAAGACACCCCAGAUAGUCCUCGCGUCCGGCGAAUGAUCAGUCGUAGGCCGCGCAGCGAUAGUACUUUCAAGCAUGGUUAGGUCACUCAUUAACAGUCCAGGGGCCAUAUUAGUAGUACGGUUAGUCGCAGCUCGUCCGGAUUUUCGGAUUAACAAACGGCUACGGUCCACUCCAUUUGGAUGGACAUGGCGCCCAGGGGACAGAUCUACUGCUCGUCAACAGCAGUAAGCCCCCGUCGUCGUACACUUAAUGCCUACUUUGUCCGUCUCAGCGAUUGCAGCCUAGAGCGUGUCUUGCAGUUACGAUCUCUUGUGGCUGUCCUCUUAACGUGACCAGAAGGUACGCGUUGCUUCUGCAGACCGCUUGAUUGAACUUGAGGUAGAAGGAACCUCUGGCUAUCAUUAAAGUAUGGACCAUUUUCCUAACUUCGCCUAGCGGAAUUCUUGUUUAGAGACCCAAUUCAGUGUUGGCCGUAAUGGGCGAAGUGACUUAUUGUCCGUUUCUGCUGUUUAGUGAUUUACCUGAAUUUAAUAGUGGCCGUCAAUUUGCUCGUAAGUACAGUAGCUGGUCUAUCUCACGAAAUGUUAACCGAAAUUCUGAAAUGCGUUUUCCACUCGAAAAGAUUACUUAGGUAGGCGUUUACUACUGAUUGUCUUGCAGCAUAAUCCUAAGAUAUUUCAGUCAUGACAGAAUGCCGGCUUUUUAGUUCUGCACUCGGGAUCAAAUGACUACUUUAGUAGUGCGCAUCUUUUCACAUCGAUUCUUGAUGUACUAGAGAUUUGAAUAUAUAUUUUCUAGGAAACAUAAAUGAAAAAGUUCUCCGGUUUACUCGGUUGCUAGCAAACUCCGUCUUCCCUAGACUUUGUACUUCAAUAAACGAUGGUUUUGGAUUGAGGAAAAGUUUGUUGUUAUGAGAUUUUCUAAGGCUAUGAAAUUUUCAUUCAUUCAGCAUCGUAUGUGCCCGUUUAUUAAUGCUGCUUGUGAAUUAUACAUGGUCCGCAUUGAUCACAAAUUUUUACGAACUCUACAUGACGCCUUCUUAGUAGCUGAGCGAUAUGCCUCGCCUUGCACGCGAAGAAUGCAGCAUGUAGUUUGGAAACCAUAAGCGCAAGUACAAUUGCAAAGCGAGUUUGAAAUCAGUCAGGCAUUGAAAAUGUUUUUUUGAAACCCAAGGAUAUUACUUCGCUGGGCAUUGGAUCGGAGAUAACCUAACCUCCUACUAAAUGAGUACAUGAGAGAAUAUUUUUAUACGUGUUUUGCAUUAAUUAUAUUUGAAUUUAUGGGGCCAUUGAUAAUCAAUGUGAAAGGUUAAUACCACUUAGGUAGUCAUUUUUGCCAAGUCCAGUUACUGUGAGUGGUCAGCACGAGACGCAGUCAAAAGCUGGCACAAUAAUCAAUAGUCAAUUUCCAUGCCACCUUCAGUAAUCCUUUCUGGCCGAAAAUACAUGUCAUGAGAUAGGCCAGCUACCGCAUGCAAAUAGAAAGGAAUAGAAAACUGUUUUUAGAAAACGUGCGCGCAUGAGGUUUGGAAUCCUGUAGAGGCAAAGAUUGUUAUUUGAAGCCUGUCAAAACACCUCUGAAUUACGUGAACCUGGAAGUCAUUCGGUGGAUUCUAAAUGUAUUACUUGGGAAAUCCUGCUUGGGCGGUCAACUUACUGCAUCAGAUUUGGUGGAUUCCAGACGUUGCAGUAGGUUGGUCGGGUAAACUUGACCCAAAUGUGAUUAGACUCGCGUCGUUCGGUGGCGCCUCGUAGCUCGGAUGGUUAGAGCGUUUGCUGUACUAGAGCCUUCCCCUUAUUGUCGUGGGUUGGAAUCCCUCCAAAGCGCAGAGUUUUUCACAGUUGAGUCAAAGCGAAUUAUAUGAAAUCUGCCAAAACACCUCUAAAAUAAAAUGUAGACGGCGGUAGGGGGAAUAGCCCCCAGUUAGCUGUCGGUAUACUGUGAACCAUGUCGUACGGAAACGUUGGCGUUAAGCGUGGGACAGCAUGGCAGACGAAGAGCUGACAGAAUGCAGGAAACCACAGAAGACGGUCGGUGGCGAAAACGAUAUUUUCAACUUGAGUGUAUGUCGACAUAAUAUCCAGCUGGAUAUUCCAUAGCGCCCCAUUGUGGCCAUUGAACAUCUGAGCCUAUCCCCUAGCAGACACCUUUGUUAUCUCCCAAUUCAUGCUCAGUUUAUCUCCGCUUUUGUUUCUUUGCUCUUGGGUACAAUUGCCAGUCAUCAGUACCUAAAUAGAUUUAGCUAGUUUAUACAUCAGCACAUUAUUCACAGUCUACCGACAGCUAACCUUUUUGCACCAAACAAUUCUUUACUGUCAAGUUGCCUUAAUUUACAGUCAGCCAAGUUUUACGCAGGCGCCUAUGGUGGCCGCACUUUUACAAAUCCACCCGAGCGUUCACGCCCCUAGUUACAAUAAGUGGGCUAACUCAUGAAAUCUCAACAGGAAUUUCGAAGUGCGUUUUCGUUUCGAAAAGAUUAACUAAGUAGGGCUGUAAAACCAAUCAUCGUGCAGCAUAAUUCUAUAAUAAUUCAGUUACCCCAGGACCCCGGCUUUUGAACAAAUUUCUUUCCGGCUGUAUGCAGAAACUAUACUACGUAAAAAUGACUACUAAGCCGCAUGCAUUUUUUCAUUGACUUUCGAUGCCCUUAAAGAUUUAAUUAUAUUUCAUGGAAAGCAUGCAUAAAAAUACUCAUUCUUUUGCACAUUCGGUAGAUAAUUACGCCUUUUUCCAAUUUUACGCACGAAGGAAGGGUAUAAUUUGGUUUUGUAAAACCUUGUCAAUUCCCGAAUAGUUUUGAACUUGACCGGCGUUACACUUACAUUCAGGGUCCCCAAACUACAAACCGUAUAAUUUCCGCGUACGAAAAACCAUACAUUUCUCUGCGGUAUUAGGAGGAUACCAUAUGGGGUUCAUAAAAUUAAGCAGUGGAUUUGAGCCACAUUGUGAAAUUUGCAAGCCGCACUGGUAAAUGCAGAGAUAUGCCGUUUUAUGAAGAACAUUUUCACGGUAUUAAAAAAUAUAACAAUUAGAAACUUUUCUAAAACCGAUUUAUACCCUCGAGCGUAAAAUUGGAAGAAGACGUAGUUUUUUACUGAAUGGACAAAAUAAUGAAUAUUUUUCUGCAUGUUUUCCAUGAAAUAUAACUGAAUAUUUAAGGGCUUCGAAAAUCGACGAAAAAAAUGCAUGCUAAUUAAACAGUCAUUUUUACGGAAUGUAGUUUCUGCAUGCAGCCAGAAAGAAGUUCGUUCGAAAGCCGGUGUCCUGGGGUAACCGAAUUAUUUUAGAAUUUUGCUGCAUGAUGGUUGGUUUUACAACCCUACUUAGUUAAUCUUUUCGAAACUGAAACGCAUUUUGGAAUUUCUGUUGACAUUUCAUGAGUUAGCCCACUUACUAUAAAUUCGGUUUCUCUUUUCAACGGUAGUCGGCACGUGCCUGGGACUAAAGUGAUCCUUAGUUGGAUACCACCUUUCCAGUAUUAAAUAGUCAGUAUGUACAUCAACGGGAAUAAAAUUUUAAGCCAAAUUUUCGGGAUUUCGAGUGUCCUUUGUGUGCGCACCUGUGCUUAUUACACUUUUGCUUCUAAAAAGGACCACGCGGUAGAUGCGCUGGACCACCGCGAGAGUUAGAUCGGAGUCGGUCGGCGUUAUCGGGAAUGCACACUCAUAACAAAUGCCAACAUUCAGGGUGCGUGGUGGCAGACCCAGUUGCCGGUUCAAGUCUCACCACUUGCAAUCCCUGUCGCCCUCCAUUAUUGUUGUUGGUUAAAAUCCUGGCCAGGAGCUUGAUGUGGACCAGGGAGUGUGGUGGUACACCUACGCUGUGCCAACCACCUACACCCUCCCGCCUCCGGUCUUCUUGGCUUGGUAAUGAUACCAGGCGGGCGAGGAGGGAGGAGUGCGAUAGAUGCUUCGCAAGUCCGUUCUCACCAAAAACUAAAUCACGCGCAUGUCACUGUGUCUGCUCUUACCCUGCUCUGGGGCACGCAGUGUACGUCGUCGGUUGAACUGUCAGUUAUUACACUAGCCUACAUAUCCCCCUGCUUCUGUAAAUUUCGUAUCAUAAGCGAGGCAGCGUCGGUAAUAGGCCGAACACAGCCCGGAAGCCCAUGGACAACGGAAAUUAUGCGGUCGACAUCUAUGCUGCAGAAAAUGUCCGGUCCUCCUUGGUCUCUUGCCUCGAUGCUAGGACUGCAAAGCAUGAUAACCUCAUAGCUGACUUCCGCGAAGCGGGCAGGACGCGUAGCCGCCUGUCAGCAGUAGUGGCUGCUUAGGCAGCAAAGCAAAACUCGCUGAAUGUGCCUGGAUAACUUCAUUGCACACAACUCUCACGUUCUGCAAUUGCACCAAGCCUUAGGUAAGCAGGGGCUUUCAAACGUUACAUAGCAAAUUAGUAAACAACGCUUUGGACCUCCGGCAGCUAUGAAGACACUAGCUCACAUAGCGGACUUAAGGCACUGACAAGUGCAAGCCGAACGGACAAAGUCGACGUUAAUGGAUUCAGACCAGCAUUAUUGAAAGGCAUGAAUGAGACUGGGAGGGCCAUUAAUGGUUUGUUAGCAGUCGCCAGACAGCCAUGCACGACCCCAAGGUGUUCAACCCCUGGGGCUCGAUCUCGGAACCUGUUGGUUAGAAGUCCAAAGCCUCAACCACGGAGCCAUGGGCCUGUUGUUAUGUUUGGGUAUGGCUAGCUGAUGAUGGCUGAUAGACCAGAAGUGGUCAUUUCAGUCUCCGUGUCCUUGUCAGUAAUGCUGUACUGCCCAUAUUACGCGCCGCUGUGCGGCUGCUGGCGGGGAUCGAAAGAAAACUCCAAGGCACAACGGGACAAGUGAGCGCCGUAAAGCAACCUUUGGACGUCCCCAUCUCGUUAAUUGAUUCAUCUUCGAAUUAAGAAGGGAGCAAAAGCUAGUUGAUACCCUGUAACACACUCUUGCUAGGACAGGGUGCCAUUAUCCACCAAGGUUUCCUGACUGAAGACGACCCUUGCGCGAUUUCUCAUCAUCAUCAUCAUCAUCAUCAUCAUCAUCAUCAUCAUCAUCAUCAUCAUCAUCAUCCGACGCCCGAUGCCUCUGAGAUAUGACGCAUACAAGCCACUUAACCUAUCAGGUGACAGGCCAGGGUGCACCUGGAACUGAGACAAGUUUUGGCGCUUUAUCGCCUCUUUAUAUUUGGGCAGGUCUUAGAACAGCACACCAAGGAAACAGUACCAGACUCUCCGUAGUCUAAAAAGAUAACUGCAAGUUAGUGGCACUACUUAAGUCUGCCCUGAACUUGCUCGUAGCCUGCUUGGCCUCUCUAAUUUCCAAAUCGCAUGCGCUCAAAAGUGCAUUCGGUUAAACGCCCGCUCACUUUCAUGCACGUAUUUCAUAACCCGUAUUCCCAAUUGCUUGAUUAUUUACUGCUUCUGGGAGUCUCACUGUCAAAUGACCCGGAAACAAUGAUCGUUUGGAUUUAAAUGCAUUAUCUCACUCUCAUCAUGUAGUUGAGAAUGCAAUUUGUUGGAUCUUAACAUCUUUAGUCUAUGUGAUUUUUAACAUACGCAGCCUGAUUGGCCGGUGAUUAGCCGUGUUUCUCUUUGUUAGGCCGCUUUACCAGAGGCGCUCUCAAUCAACGAGUUUCCUUAACCUGGCAGAAUUCAGGUUUUCGGUCAGGAGUGGGGAUUAUUUACUUCGUAAAUGGUUCGUCUUCGUUUAAAUAUUCCAAAGCGGAGCGCCUCUGAAGUAUGUAUCUUCUUAUACCAAGGAAACUAUGACGACCUUAUUGAAGCAUAAGAAGUUAUUGAUUAGGCUAGGUUAUGUAGAACACAACCUUUAUCGACCGCUUGCAUAAAUUAAAUUCGGCAAAAAUUACUACUUAAGUAGCAUGAGUUAUUCCUAUUGAUUUUUAGUGUCCUUAUAAAUUCAAAUAUGUUUUAUAGAAGGCAUGUAUAAAAAUAUUCGUUCUUUUACUUACUUGGCAGCCAAUUACGUCUUCUUCAGAUUUUGUGCUCUAAAAAGGAGUAACUUUCCCGAACCCGCGAAUAAUUUCGAACCUGACGUGGCGUUCAACUUGCAUCCAGGGUUCCCGAACUACAAGCUGCAUACUUUUAGUGUGAGAAAUAUCAUGCACUUCUAUACGCUGCUAUGAAGAGGAGAGGCUCUUGCAGUUUUUAUAAUGAGUUCGGACCAUGUUGUCUACCUUAUGAGCGGCAUUAAUAAGUGUGCUGACGCGAUUCUGUACAAUUGUGCAUUUCAUGGUUUUAAAACACCUCGUAAUUUGGAACUUUUUGAAGACCGAAAGAUACCCUUUUUCAAGAAUAACAUUCAAAAAGGACGCAUUCUGCUACCAAAUGAAAAAAAAUAUUUUUGUGCACGUUUUCCAUAAAAUAUAUUUAAAGUUAUAAGGGUACCGAAAAUCGAUUUUAAAAAAUCACAAUAGUUAAUUAGCCAUUUUUAUUCGGGAUGCAGCUUUCACAUGCGGCAAAUAAGGAGCACGUUCAAAAGCCGGCAUUGCUACGUGACUUCGAUGUCAUAGCACUAUGCGACAUGAUAAUUGAUGUGACAACCCUGUUUAGAUAAUCUUUUCGACUUGAAAACGCAUUUCAGAAUUCCGACUAACACUUCAUGAGGUAGCACAACCACUGUAAGUUUCACGACACUUACUACACGUUUUUAUCGUGUAUAAGCAAGCUGUAUAGCCGGUCGUGCCUCACAAAGGACGCUGUAACUCCAUGAAGCGGGUUGCUCAAAGAAGUACUGCCGGUACUUAUAUACUACUUAUUGUUUAAAAAACCACUGGACUUAUAUUACUGCUCACUGUUCUGCAGAACCAGGUAAAACAGUUUGCUGCCUUCGGAAUCGUGCCCCAGCGCAACUCCUUUGGAAGUUAGAAUUUUCGGAGUUACAACAUAGACGAAUAUUAUCGGACGUUGUUUAGACGCAUGAGAUAGUAUAUAGCUUUAUGUAGGUCGCAAUCCACUUUCUCAGCCAUCUUAUACGCCAAAUUAUCGAGGAAAACAUCAAAAGUCAUUCAGGCCUCAUGCGAGUAAAUGAGAUCGGUUGUUGGCAUUAUCUUAGCGUGUAAUUGACCACUGAAACGGGCUCCUGGACUUCUUUUUAUUUAAGAGACGCCCUCAUCCAGUGUAAGAUUCGAGUGAACCCAUCCGUGGACAGAUGACUAGACUCCAGAAAUGCCGACUAAUAUUUUGAAAUAUUGUGUUGGUUAGAAAAGACUUCGCUGAUGCGGUUACCGUAUUGAUUGAGAUGUAGUACAACCCCGAAGCACUUCAUAUAUUUCAGAAUGCUGGCUUCUGGACGAGCAGGUUUCCGACAUUUUGCAAAUAUCAGUAAAUUAGAAUGCUUGCUUAGUUAAUGUGUACUUUUUAGAUUGAUUUUCAUCGCUGUCUGAAUUCGAUCGUCUUUUCUUGAAAGAUUGCACGGUCAUUUUACUGUAAUUUUGUAGAAAUUGACGUAUUGUUUUAAUUCUAUACUUGGAUAACGGGGGUCUUUCUGUUCCGAGGAAACAUGGCACCGUAAGAAAUGGUGAAACCUUUAAGUGGCCGUUUAAGUGGCAUUGCGUAUACACUUCAAUUAAUGUCGUAUGCAUAAUUCUGUAUAAAUGAAAGUACACAACAUGUAAUUUGUAAGUAACAAACGUGGGUUCGGUGGCAGACUGCACCUAAACGGUGCGAAGAAGUCCACUAAAAUACUGAAUUUCAAGGACACACAAUUUCAAAAAAAGAAAACACAUAGCGUCUCCGCACACAUACUCUGUAAAGUGGGAUUGGACUUGGCAAACUUCGCAAAUCAAUGUAAAAGGUGCGCACUAACCAAGCAGUCAUGUUUAAUCUAUUCAACUUCUGAUUAUAGCUGGAAAGACGGCUAUUCAUAAGAUAACACCAUGGCUGGUGUGAAACGCCAUGGGACCAGGCCGAAUGCUAAUUAGUACUCUGAUGUAUCUUAGGUAACAAUCCAGAACCGAAAGCAUAUUCAAGCAUUCCAGCCAACCUUUCAUAAGCUCGGUAUACUUUUGUUCGGAGUUAGGUCCUCUUUUUCUGUUGGAUUUGUAUCCGAAAAGUUAUCGGAGGCCAUAAACACAUACCGACCACACCUACAAAUGCCGUUUUUUCGGUUCAGGCUGCUGUGCCUCGCGCCCGUUACUACUUACAUCAGACCACUGCUGGGUACGUCAGUGCAUAGUUUGUGCUUUAUGCUCACGAGGAUCCUGUCAGUGGUGCACGGGUCCCGUAUUGGUAUUUUGGCUAGCUUUGAGCCGCCUCCACGGUGUAUCAAGUGCCCUCGUGUUUCUGGGGAAAUUGCCGCCUGUAGUUGUAUCUUCCUUCCGUGAUCCUCAGCCAAUGGCAAGGAGCGUGGAUCCAGCCUCCAUGGGACCUUUUCCUACCCCGCGGAAAUUUGCACUCAUGAUCCGACAUUUCUGCCGUCGGGUGCGACGGUAUCCACAGUGUGUCCUAGAGCGUGGCGAGCGCAGGACAGUUAUCUGUGUGAUAGUAGGUUUAUAAUGAUGGCAGAUUUGUGCGGCAUCUGCGGCACUCUUCCCCCCCCCCUUCAACCACCUGCUGAGUUAGGUGGCAAGACUGUCGGGAUGACCGGAGGCGGGAUCGGACGCGGUUGCUCAGAAGGCUAAACAACCCGUCUACGCGUGCCACGCGCGACCCGGCUCCACAAACGUACAGAGUUUCCAGGGGGUAAAGGGGGAAGAUUGGGCCCCAUCUGAUUGGAAUUGUCAUAUAGGCCACGUCUGAAAGGAGCCAUUGAGCCUGACUCUCUGUCCUGAGAGGGCCGAGUUAGUCAGUCGGCAUCCCUCCAGGCCUGUCAGACCGUUCGCCGUUAGGAAUGCGCUGAAGUGUCAUGAGUGUAUUCCCCAGAGUUGGCCUCCCCUCUUCCAUGCACCAGUCUGCUGUCCGAACAGGUCAGUCUCCUGAUGCCGAGAUUGGACGGAAAUGGCCGAAGCGGCGUGAAACCUGUGCCUGGGCGUGCCACCACACCCCACCCAUUUUGGUAUUGGAUGUGCGGACUCUGCGCAGCCCGGCUGAUACGUAGUGUCCCUUAGCGUCCCCCAUGUUAGUCCAGCGCCUCUCCCUCGCGGCCCGUUUUAGGGACAUACUCAUGAUUGUGAUUUUCGUUCACAUCAGCUUUUCCGUCUUCCGCGUGUGAAGGGCUAAACGGAGUUGGUUAGUGUCAAGGUACCAUCACUGCUUCCACUAGUCCUCUGUUACACGCAUAGUUCAUAACAGUGAAGCUGGAUGCCAGCAAAGACUUUUUCAACCGUAGAAUGAUUUUGAAAACGCCAAUCACAGCCUCCCCACCCUUUCUCCAUUUUCAAAGAUCACAAUAUGGUAAACAAAAGGACGCCCAACCUCAUUCCAACCCUUGCGAGGUACGAGAUUGAGAGCAUGCUUGCCGGUACGCAUGCGGUGGAGCGUUCUAGCACUACCGACGUCCAAGGAGCUUCCGCUUUCGCACACACCGGCGAUGGACCGUCCCUCGAAUGUGACCGAGCCUCUCCUCUGGCUCGCUACCUCCCCCUGUUCUCUGAUUUGCUGAAGCAGGUUCCCAACGAGCUGGCACUUGACGUCGAAGUAAAGUACCCAGUGGAGACGCCCCUGACAGCGUUCCGGCUUAUCCAUGAGCAGGGUCAGAGUGAGGAAUCACUUGCCGGCUACGGUUGUCCCUACGACUACUUCUACCCCAUCAACAAGUACGCAGACAACCUACUUAAUGUAAGUUUCCCCGACAUCAUCAUGUCUACCUUUUUGCCAAUAAACAGCAGCGAGCCCCUUAGCUCCAGGUAUUGGCCCUGACUAAAAGCACCCCGGACUGCUGACUUGUACCACUUGGCGCCCGCAGCUGAUCUGACACAACCAAGUACAACGUAGCUUCUCCACUGGGAAUGGUAUUAUCCGAUUGGAGUGGGUACAUUCUGCAAUGAGUCCGCAAAUCCAUACAGUCGGUACAUUUAUUUGCGUUUAUUUGGGAAUUGGAAUAGAUGCAACUAGACUCAAAAACCCAAAGAAAAAUCCCCCGAGGUUGUGGUCUACACGUGUCGCCAAUGGGAAAACCAAAUGGUAGGACUCUUGGCUAAUUGAUGUGCAGGAGGUUUAUGAAAGCGUCGGUCGAAUGGCAAGUGUCAUGGCUGUGCGGGUAUUGAUUGAAUAGUAAACUCUGUACCAAGUACGCGCGAAUAGAGGACAUACUCUUGACUUUCACGAGUUACGCAUCUAGGUCCGUCAAACUAAUCUGCAACAACUCCGGUUCUUUACUAAUUCCCCUCCCUCUUACGUAAAGCUCUUUUCUAUAAAACUGCUUCCUUUUCAUUUUUCUUGCCACUUGAGUUAGGGUAAGGAAUCGAGCGAGCAUGGAAGAAAUAAUGUAGCCAACGAAAGAAGCUAUAGACCUCCCAGAAUUUACAUUUUGAUACGGCUUUUUUCGCCCAAUCGUGUUAUGCAGAUGUUGUGGAAAUUGGGUCGCAACCGGCGAAUCAUCCUGAGUAGUUUCAAUCCCGACAUGUGUUUGGCGUUGAAGCUGAAACAGUCCACCUACCCAGUCCUCUUCAUCUCACGUGCCGGCUCGGAUACGCACGACACUAUUGACUGGUCGCAUACUCUGGAUCCCCGCCAUCUGAAUGCCCUCUCGUCUGCCUAUUGGGCCCGCCUCGUGAACCUCGAUGGGGUCGUGCUUCAUAGUUGCUGCCUUCAGGCCUCGCCCUCCGGACCCGACGAUAGUACCCGCGAACUUCUCAGCUUCUUGGCAGACAACGGACUCUCCUGCAUCCCCUAUGGCCCCGGAAUCUCAACAGCCGAGUACAGGAAGUACGCCGCCCGGAUUGGUCUGACGGGUGUUUGCAUUAACGACGUUGCAAACCUGGCGAAAACCGAAGACCUCCGCUGGGCACCAGCGAAGUAG